UUGAUGGUAUUGUUGCGGUAAGAAACAGUAACAGAGGGUAGAAGGGAAAAAUGGCGCCUGUGGCGGUGGUAGCGAGAAGCACAGGCGCCGUUGCUGUUGGAUUUACCAUCUUCGUGUCGCUCGCGCUCACUUAUUUCAUCUGUGAUCGCCACACGAAGAAGAAUAAGAAGAAGAAGAAGAAGAAGAAAUCUAAGAAGGGACUCGUCGACGCCAUCGGUAACACUCCCCUCAUUCGGAUCAAUAGCCUCUCCGACGCCACCGGUUGCCAAAUUCUGGGCAAGUGCGAGUUCUUGAACCCCGGAGGCAGCGUCAAAGACCGCGUUGCUCUUCAAAUCAUUCAAGAGGCUCUGGAAUCUGGGCAGCUACGUCCAGGUGGAAUAGUCACUGAAGGGAGUGCUGGAAGCACCGCCAUUAGCAUUGCCACUGUUGCUCCUGCAUUUGGAUGCAAAGCACACGUCGUUAUUCCAGAUGAUGCUGCCAUCGAGAAGUCUCAAAUACUUGAAGCCCUUGGGGCAACUGUUGAAAGAGUGCGACCAGUAUCCAUUACCCACAAGGACCAUUUUGUCAAUAUUGCUAGAAGAAGGGCCUCUCAAGCAAAUGAGUUUGCGUUGAAGAAUAGAAAUUCACAAUCGAAUGGCAAGGAGGACACUGAGAAAAUAAAUGGUUAUGAAUCUGAUGGAUACAAUCACAGUUCGGUUUUUCCUCUCGAUUGUCAAGGUGGGUUUUUUGCUGAUCAGUUUGAGAACUUAGCGAACUUCAGGGCACAUUAUGAGGGUACAGGGCCUGAGAUUUGGGACCAGACCAAUGGAAAGUUAGAUGCGUUUGUUGCAGCAGCUGGCACCGGUGGUACUGUGGCUGGUGUUUCUAGGUUUCUUCAGGAAAAGAAUCCAAACGUCAAGUGCUUCCUAGUAGAUCCUCCUGGCUCUGGUUUGUUUAACAAGGUAACUAGGGGGGUGAUGUACACCAAAGAGGAAGCAGAAGGACGAAGACUUAAGAAUCCAUUUGACACCAUAACAGAAGGAAUUGGAAUUAACAGGAUAACAAGGAAUUUUGGAAUGGCAGAACUUGAUGGGGCCUUUAGAGGCACCGAUAGGGAUGCUGUUGAAAUGGCUAGGUUUCUUUUGAAGAACGAUGGGCUGUUCCUUGGGAGUUCUUCUGCAAUGAACUGUGUUGGAGCAGUUAGAGUAGCGCAGGCAAUUGGACCUGGUCACACAAUUGUAACCAUACUCUGCGACAGUGGAAUGAGGCAUUUGAGCAAGUUCUAUAAUGCUGAAUACUUGUCUAAGCUUGGUUUGACACCGAAAGCAACUGGAUUGGAAUUCUUAGGUAUCAAAUGAGUAGGUUCCUCCGGAGUUUUGAAGUUUAAAUGCCACUGGCUCGCUGUUAUGUUACUGGAAUUCCACUUGUCUGAGCUUACUUCGGAUGAGAGUGGCUACCUAGAAGUUAGAACUAGGUUCAUUGUAAGAACAGAGUUUUAUGUUAUCCCUGAAAAGCCCAAGUGAAAUCACCUGGACGUCCCGGGAAGCUCAUUCGAGUAGCGAAUUUAUUUUUGUUAGAGGGUAUUGUAGUGAUUAAUGUAGAGGGUACUACACUUCUAAUGCAUUGUUUUGGGGGGUUAGGUAUUACAUAGCUCAUUCUUGGUUAGACUUCAUGAUUUAUUUCACUAGUUAACAAUGACCUGAUAUUUGUAAACUAAACAUUCAAUUCAAUACUAUUUCAUCAGUACAGGGAUGAAUUAAGCCUGCGGUUCUCGU